UUUCAUAUUAUGUUUCGUUCAAAAGUUCUUUUUUAUUCAUCUUUCAAUUUGUCUUUAUUAAAUAAACAACCAUUUAUAAUUAUAAAUAGAAAAUAUAGUAAACAUACACAUCCUCCUCCAUCUGAAAUAGUAAAAUUAUCGUAUACACAAUACGAUCCACCAGAAUUUAAUGAAACAAAUGAAAAUCCAUAUUUAAUAAUUCUUCAUGGUCUUUUUGGUUCAAAACAAAAUUGGAAAUCACUAGCUAAAACUUUCGCUCAACGUUUAAAUACGCGUGUUUUUACUUUGGAUUUAAGAAACCAUGGGGAAAGUCCACAUUCACCUGUUCAUAAUUAUGAAGUUAUGUCGGAUGAUGUUGCAGCAUUUAUCAAAGAACAUAAAUUAUAUAAGACAGCUAUCAUGGGACAUUCUAUGGGAGGAAGAGUAGGCAUUGCUAUGGCACUUAGACAAGUGCCACAUAUAGAAAAGCUUGUAGUUGUUGAUAGUGCACCAGUUAAUUCCAGAAUGUCUUCAGAAUUUUUCACUUAUAUUGACGUAAUGAAAAAAAUUGAACAAGCUGGAAUCGUAAAACAAAGCAAAGCUGAUGAGAUUAUGAAAGAUUAUAUUUCUGAUAUUUCAAUUAGACAAUUCUUAUUAACAAAUCUUAAAAAAGACCCCGAGACAGGAUUAUAUAAAUUUCGAAUUCCUUUGGAUAUUUUAAGUGAUUCGAUGGGAGAAUUAGGCAGAUUUCCAUUUGAUUCAGCUCAUCACACAUUUCAUAAAAAAACUUUAUUUGUAGCUGGAACAAGAUCCAACUAUUUACCUCCAAAGGUUUAUCCAACAAUACGAACAUUUUUUACUAAUGCGGUCAUUGCAGAAUUAGAUACUGGACAUUGGGUUCAUGCCGAAAAACCCCUAGAAUUUGCUGCUAUAGUGACUGAUUUUAUAGUUAAAAACUAGCAAAAGGUUAACCUUUAAAGAACAACCCUAGUGUCACCCGGAAAAAUGGUAGUCGGAUUGAUUUGCAGGCUUACGCGUGACUUCGGACAAAAAUUGAAAGCAUUUCGAUAAAAAUCUUAAUAAAAAGACAAUUGAAACGUUUUUUAUUUCAAUUAUAAAAUUUAAUUAUCAUUCCCACAUUGUAUUAUUAUUAAAUCUUGCCAUGUUUUUGCCAUCGUUCUUGUGAUGAUAUUCAUUCUUUCCAGCGAUUGAACAUUUUUUGACCAUAAAAUACUUUUAGUUUUGUUAAGUGAUUCUUCUAGCAACUCAUUGGCUUAAAUGCAAUUGAAAUUAAAAAAUGCAAUUGAACUACAUACAAAAUUCUUAUUAUAUA